AUGAGAAUCACCAACUGUCUUCCAGUCUUGGCCCUAGCCACCAAGGUGGCCUGUGCUCCCUCUAAGCAGAAUGAGACUCCUUCAGAAGGUUCUCGCAUUAUUGCCGACGACAAAGACCUUCCAUUCCAGCUCGAUGAGCCAUUGUGGGAGGUCCAGGUCUCUGAUGAUGAAAAGCCAAAGUACUUUUCUGGCUCUGUUGAGAAAGUCUACGAGGAAGUCUUGAACCUGAACCCUGAUUAUGGCAAAGAUGGCCCUGUCGUCAACGUGACUCUUGGAGCGGAUGACCAAGAUCUCGACAAGCGAGAUGUCCAAGGAGAUCCUGUCUGCUGGAACAACAGACGUGCCAACCUUUUGCGUAUGCAGGAAGAGGUCUUCCGCUUGGAUAGGAUGAACGCCUGGCUCAAUAUCGCCCCACGCCGUUGCUCUCGUAUUGGUUGCUCAUGGAACGCCGGUAUCGCGAUUUGCAAUGAUCGACACGACAUCACCUGGUCACUACACACUAGCCUCAUUACAAGCUAUGUCACACGAAUCAGCAGAACCUGUACAUACCAAGGUGUUGCCAUGGGCGGUCAGCAGUUCGACACUGGAGGCUUCAACGUUAUUGCUGCUGAUCAGAACUGCGGAGCCACCGCGAGCUGGGCGGUUGGAACUAACCCUCCCUAG